UCCGGAGUCCGGCACUUCGGCACUCGCAGUCGGCACUCAUUCGACCUCGGGACGCGGUCAGUCGCGGACGUCGACACCAGACAUGGCAUCGGUGUGUGUGUUACGGACUAGUGGUGUAUUUUUAUUAUUAUUCCUGUUGAACAAUGCCUUAUCCUCCGCGCCAUGGAUAUUAUCUGUUAACGUUAAGCAUGUUUCGUGCGAUAAGGAGAAAUGUGAAUAUUUAUUGAAUGUGUUUGGAAAUAUUAAAUCAUGGUCGUUAACCCCCGAAGCGGGCGAGCGAGGUGGCGUGUGUUUGACUAAGUUUUACAAAAAUACUGCUAAUUCUGAUGUAAAAUUUGUGACGAGGAACGAUGGGAAGAAGUUAUAUUUCUGUUCUGAAAGUGAAAACGGUGAAUGGUUCCAUCAAGGAGACGGUUUAUAUUUGGUUGGGGAUGACGUCAUCACAACUUUGCGGGACUCCGAAAACGAGAUAGAUGAUACAGAAGAUAGGUUAGAAGACUUCGGUGAUGACUUAGAUUUAGCGAAUUAUUUCAAAGACUUGAAAGUGAAUAGAGAUGGGGAGAGCACGGAUGAGGAAGUUGUCGAGACGUUCGCGGAACCAAACCUGAAGUCGAGAGUUAGGCGUCAAGCUGAAAGUGUACCAGAAACUACUCCUCCAUCGGACAACACAACAGUUGAAGAACCUAACGCAGAGGAAGCUAAUGCUCCUAACAACGCGGAGAAUCCUGCAGCAGCUAACGCAGUCAUCAUAGCAUCGGGACCGGUGACCCUCAUGGGGUUGAGAAUUGAGGAGUCAGAUAAGGAACCCAAAAUUGUGGACGAGAUGGUACCGAGUGUGCUCAGUAACACGAACUUCAACCUGAGGCUGUUCGGGUCAGGGUUCGGUGACAACACAGUGAUUGCGUUUACGCACGUUCCGGAAAAGUACGGAUCGAAGUGUCACUUCCUAAUAAGCGGAGAAUAUAAGGUCACAAAGGCGGAGAAGGAUUCAGCCCUGUUUAUAUUGAAGGCUCCACCUCCAACAGACGAUUACAAAUUCUACAUCUGCACGAAGAACUCGGCAGACGAGGAGUUCAGCCACCAGGGCAACGAGCCGUGGAAGGUCCUCGCGACCCACAACAAGCUGCUUCCCUUGUGGGCUUCCUUGAUACUCAUCGUCAUAUUGCUGAUGUUGGCUUCACUCUUCUCGGGCUUGAAUCUCGGUCUGAUGGCUUUAGAUAGGACUGAACUACGAAUCAUCGCCAACACCGGUACCGAGAAGGAGAGAAAGUACGCCCGAGCCAUCAUGCCGGUUCGAGCUCACGGAAACUACCUUUUAUGUACAAUUUUGCUGAGUAACGUCGCAGUCAACAGUACCUUCACUGUGAUUUUGGACGAUCUAACGUCUGGUCUGUUUGCUGUUAUCGGAUCUACCCUGGCGAUCGUGUUCAUAGCCGAGAUCACUCCUCAGGCGAUUUGCGCAAGACACGGACUGUUUAUUGGUGCUAAGAGUAUUUGGAUAAUGAAGAUAGUGAUGGGUAUCUGUGGUCCGCUGGCGUGGCCAACAAGUAAACUGUUAGAUUACUUCCUGGGUGAAGAAAUCGGAACACAUUACAACAGGGAGAGGCUAAAGGAGCUUGUUAAGGUAACGAAUCACGUGAAUGACCUUGACAAGGAAGAGGUGAACAUAAUUUCCGGAGCCCUGGACCUCCGCAAGAAGACCGUGAAGGACGUCAUGACCAAGCUCAAAGACUGCUUCAUGCUGCCCAUCAACAGUGUACUGGACUUCGAGACUAUGUCCGAAAUUGUUAAAUCAGGUUACUCCCGUAUCCCCGUAUACGACACGGAGCGGACCAACAUCGUGACGGUGCUGUUCAUCAAGGACCUGGCGUUCGUGGACCCCGACGACAACACGCCGCUGCGCACGCUCUGCCAGUACUACCAGAACCCCUGCAACUUCGUCUUCGAGGACGUCACUCUUGACGUCAUGCUCAAGCAGUUCAAGGAAGGUUACAAGGGUCACAUGGCGUUCGUGCAGAGGAUCGAGGAGGGAGACGGCGACCCGGUGUACGAGACCGUGGGGCUGGUGACGCUGGAGGACGUCAUCGAGGAGAUGAUCCAGGCGGAGAUCGUGGACGAGAGUGACGUCAUCAGUGACAACCGCACCAAGAAGCGCCUGCCGCGGCCGGUGAACAGGCUGCAAGACCUGGCGGCGUUCGCGGGCCACCACCAGCACCAGCGAGUCCACGUGUCCCCGCAGCUCGUGCUCGCCACCUUCCAAUUCCUCAAUACCACCGUGGAGCCGUUCCGUCCGGACUUGAUCUCGGAGACGGUGCUGCGUCGUCUGCUGAAGCAGGACGUGUUCCAGCACAUCAAGCUGCGGGGAGACGAGGACAAGAACGAUCCCAAACGCUACGUCUUCCAGGAGGGCAAGCCGGUGGACUACUUCGUGCUGAUCCUGGAGGGUCGCGUGGAGGUGACGGUUGGUCGGGAGAACCUAGUCUACGAGGGUGGACCCUUCACGUACUUCGGAGUACAGGCGCUCACGCAGAACGUGGGACUGGCGGACACUCCCGCGCCGUCGACGCUGGGCUCGCUGCAGAACCUAAACAUGGACUCCAUGCUGCGUCACUCCUUCGUCCCCGACUACUCCGUCAAGGCCAUCGCUGAAGUCUACUACCUCACCAUCAAGAGAUCGUUGUAUCUGGCGGCGAAGCGCGCGACGCUGAUGGAGAAGGGGGCCCUCAACAGAGGCGGAACUAACGAGCAGAUCGAGCCCGAAGUCGACAAGUUGUUGCUUGAGGGUGAUCAUGUGGAAGACCUUCCGGAAAUAAAGGAGAACGACAAAACACCAAACAAACAAAAACAGUUCGUGCCAUCGUCUGCGAGUCUGUUGACAAACUCGUCGUUCAAGUCGCACGACAAGGACCGCUCUGAAGAGGAGAAGCUGCUGAAAUAACACUAAAUACACUACUGAACUCUAUCAAGAAUUCAGUAGACACAUCACACAACAAUAGAAUAAGUAGGUUCUACUAAAUUCGUAGAAAUAAUUGCGAGUUUCCGGUCAAUCGGUAGAAAUAUUUAAAUUAAACUUUUCACUUGGAUGCAGUGUAACCAGUUUUUCUACCGAUUUAGUAGAUUUAUGUUUUCUGCAGGCAACACCUAAUAUAUGACAAUUUUUGCGGUGAAAUGCUUAAAACUAAAUAAGGUAGAUGUAAGAAUCACUGUUUUUAUUUUAGCGUUAUGAAAAUGUCUUCUAUUACAGUGUAUCAGAAAUUGUAUCAGAACUAAUAGAAGGUGUUUUUAUAUGUAACGUGAUAUUGUAUCAAUUUACUUAUGCUUUUUAUGGAAGUUAUAUGGCAGUUAUAUAAUUUGACUAGCAUAUUAGGUGACAUUUUGUGCAUCGUAAGACUUGGUAAAAAUUAAAGGUUGAAGAAGCUCAACCCAAUCCAAAAAGCAUAGGUGAAGCGAUUCAGUAGUUUAGUUAUUUUGUAUUUAAAAUGGCAUUUUAAAUGUAGGUUUAAUGAAAAGUUGAUGAAUUCAUAAAUUUAAAUCCUUUAUAACUAAAAUGUUACCAAAAAUGAGUAUACAUAGUUUUUUAAAAGUGUGAUUAACUUUUUUCUUUGUUGAUAUAAUUUUAGUGUGAUUCUCGGCACAAAAUAUGAGUAUGGCAAUGUAUGUUAUUAAUUCAAGCCCCAUACGCUCACCGGUGAACGAGACACAAUAGAAUAUCUAUUGUGUCUCGUUUUCCCACGAUCGACAGGUUAAAAUAUCCAAAUGUAUGUCUUAGCAGUGGACGGCUUAGUUCCUGUACUUCAUAUCAUCAUCAUCAUCAUCUUAAGAGUUAAUGUGAAACCCCCUAUUUAACUAAAAAUAUUUACUCCACGCUUACAAUCCAUGUUGCUAUCUUUGUUUCUCUAUUGACUUUUCCAACGUAUUAGAGAAAGAUAGCAGCAUUUUUAAGGGGGGACAAAGUUUUCUGGAUGUUAUGUCUAUUAUCAAACACAAUACAUUUAUGUACUGUACUGCCACUAUUGUUAAAUACUUUUAAAGUUUUAGAACAAGUUUUAAAGCAUAUUAUUUACACAAAACGUAAUGUUUAAAGUAUGAAAUAAUAUUUAGAUGAACGCAAAAGUAUUCACUAACUAAAUGUUAUUGCUUGUAAAAAAACCUUAGAAAAAGUACUUAUGUCAACUGUACUUAUGUCAGAAAUGACAUCACUGUGUUGCCAGGUUUACAUUUUUUCCUACAAAAUUGUACCAAAUGCAGUUUUUUAAUACCUACAAUUUAUAACAGAUUAUUCCCUCGAUGCCUUAAACGUUUAAGCUUGACAUUUACUUAUGAGAAUAUAUUAUUAUCAUAGUUUUUAUAACCGUUUAGAAUUUAUGAAUUGUAAGUGCUUAUUUUAACGUUUUCAUUAUUUUGCGUGUAGUAUACCGUGAUUCAUAUUUUUAUAGAUCGUAUAUAAAAACGCUGUAAGCGUUAUAUUAUCAUAGGGACAAAAAUAUUGAAAAAUAUAUUUUUAUUUACACCAAGCUCCUUUAAAAGUAUUUUAAAAAGGAAAGAACGUAACGCCUAUUCAUAACACAGGCAAAUAAAUUUUUGGACCGUAAAAUGGCUCUAGUAUGGUUGAAACCAUUUAUAAUAUUUUUUGUUUUGAUAUUUUCAAAAAUGUAUAAUGUAUAUCAAUAUUUAAGAUCCUGUGCCUUACCCGCCCGUGCCUUAUCCCUCACAAAGGUUUGGACUGGACAAAUUGUUUUUUAUUGAAUUUUAUCAAAGUUUUAGUAUCUUACGAAAUAAAUUUACUUAUAAUGAAAAUG